AUAUAAAAUAUAACUUUUUUUUUUAUAAUUGUUUUGAUGAAUAAUUAAUUCAUCACUCAGAUGCUUUAAAUGUAAAACUAAUGAAUGUAUUUAUCUUUUUCCAGAUAUCAGACAUUGUUGUUGGCCAGGAACCAAACGUGACAGCGCGCGAAGCCCUGCUAAGAUGGGCCCGGCGAUCAACAGCGCGUUACCCAGGUGUCAGAGUAACAGACUUUACAAGUUCCUGGAGAGACGGAAUGGCAUUCAGUGCACUUCUUCAUCGAAACCGUCCUGACCUAAUCGACUGGAGGAGCGCGCGAUCAUGCCAAGCAAGAGAACGGCUUCACCAAGUUUUUUACAUCGCCGAGCGCGAGUACGGCGUUACCAGACUUCUCGACCCCGAAGAUGUCGAUACCCCCGAACCGGACGAGAAAUCUUUGAUAACGUACAUCUCAUCGCUCUACGAUGUCUUCCCAGAGCCGCCGCCAAUCCACCCUCUGUACGACGCGGAAGCCCAGCGCCGCUCUGCGGAGUACCGCGAGCUUGCGACUUCUCUGCACAUGUGGAUGCGCGAAAAAAUCGUGAUAAUGCAGGAACGUGCGUUUCCUCCGACUCUUAUCGAGAUGAAGAAACUGGCCGCCGACAACGCAAAAUUCAAAAACGAAGAAGUACCUUCCCGGUACCGCGACAAACAACGACUCACUCACAUAUUCCGCGAACUCGAAAAAUACUUCGAAGCCGUGGGUGAGAUUGACAUGGAGCCCGAGUUGCACAUCGACGUGGUUGAUAAAAAUUGGAACCGGCUGAUGAUGCUGCAUCAGGAAAGAGAACAAGCUGUUAUUGAUGAAAUCAAACGCUUGGAACGGUUGCAACGGCUUGCCGAGAAAGUGCAUCGUGAAAUGAAAUCAACGGAUAAUCGUCUGGAGGAACUGGAGAGACGAGUUGAGGACGAGGCGCGUCGUCUUGAUCGUCUUCAUCCUCUAGAAGCUAAACAUGCAGUCGAUUUAUUGGAGCAGGAUAUUCGUAAUACAGAGAUACAAAUUCAGAAUAUAUUCACAGAUAUUCAUACUCUCACUGAAGGAAAGUACAGCCAAGCUGGAGAACUUCACAAAAGAGUGCAAAAAUUACAUCAACGCUGGGUAGCAUUGCGAUCUUUAUUGCAUAAGCGGCUAGUACAACCACUUUCAGCAGUUUCGUUCCCAGUGGAGGAACGGGUUGUCACAAAGCAUCGUACUACCGUCCACGAGACUCGUUUGGUUGACACCAAUCCUCACUUCCGUAAUCUACAUGAUUGCAUAGAUUGGUGCAAGAACAAACUGAAGCAGCUUCAAGACGCUGACUACGGAUCCGAUUUACCAAGUGUCAAAAAUGAACUGGACAUACAUCAGAGAGAGCACAAAAAUAUUGACCAGUUCCACAGCAAAGUUGACAAAUGUAUUCAUGCCAAAAACAAUUUCCAUGGAGAGGAGCUCGCUCUCUACAGCCAACACUUGAGUACAUUGCAAAAAAUUUAUUCUGAAUUAUUGACUACCUCCAAUAAAAGAAUGUCCGACUUGGACACCUUACAUGACUUUAUCCAAUCAGCCACUGGGGAAUUGGUUUGGCUCAAUGCCAAAGAAGAUAUUGAAGUUACACGCGAUUGGAGUGACAAAAACUUGAAUGUUCAAAGUAUCGUCCAAUAUUAUGAGAGUUUGAUGAACGACCUGGAGAAGCGGGAGAUCCAAUUCUCGGCGGUGCAAGACCGCGGAGAAGCCCUUGUUCUUCAACACCACCCAGCAGCCAAGACAAUUGAAGCGUAUAUGUCAGCAAUGCAAAGCCAGUGGGCUUGGCUCUUACAACUCACGCUUUGCCUUGAAGUCCAUCUAAAAUACGCGACCCAGAGUCAGCAAUUUUUCAAGGACGUCCAGCAGGCUGAGCAGUGGAUCUCAAAGCGUGAUGAAGUCCUCAACACCAUCUACUCUCAAUCAGACUUUUCUCUGGACGAGGGUGAGCGACUUCUCAAGGGAAUGCAAGAAUUGCGCGAAGAAUUGAACAGCUACGGCGACAACGUCCAGCGAUUGGUAGACCAGGCUGGUAACAUCGUCCCGAUGAAGCAGCGAAGACAACCUGUCACCCGACCACUCCAGGUGACGUGUAUUUGCACCUACAAGCAAGCCAACAUGUCAAUUGACAAGAACGAGCUCUGUACGCUUUAUGACAACUCUGGACGUGUAAAAUGGCGAGUUAAAAAUUCUCUAGGGGUUGAAUCGCCAGUUCCUGGAGUUUGCUUUACCCUUCAGCCGCCGGACAAAGACGCGUUGGACGCUGCUGAGAGAUUACGACGUCAGUACGAUCGCAGUGUCUCACUUUGGCAGAGAAAACAAUUGCGUCUCAGACAGAACAUGAUUUUCGCGACUAUCAAGGUCGUAAAAGGAUGGGAUUUACCUCAAUUUUUGGCGAUGGGUCAAGAUCAGCGGACUGCUAUCAGGAGAGCUCUCAACGAAGAUGCCGAGAAGUUACUGUCUGAAGGUGACCCUGCGGAUCCGCAGCUAAGAAGACUAAAGCGAGAGAUCGCUGACGUCAAUAGACUUUUCGAUGACUUUGAGAAACGCGCGAGAGCUGAAGAAGAGUCUAAGAACGCUGGCAGAAUUUUUACUGACCAGGUAUCUGCAUUGCAGCAGGCUUUGGAUGAAGCCGAGAGGGUUUUGAAUAUUCGCAUCGCGUCGCCGCUACCACGUGACCUGGACAGUCUGGAGCACAUGGUACUGGAGCACAAAGAUUUCGAGCAGAAAUUACAACGUCUAGCUCCCGACUACGAACAAGUGCAACAAACCUUCAGGGGAAUUACUCUGAAGACACCGGUGAUGCGCAACAAGCUCGACAAUGUGAUGAGCAAGUGGAAUCAGCUGUGGAACGUCAGCAAUUUGUACAUCGAGCGGCUCAAGUGCAUUGAGAUCGUGCUGUCCGGGCUUGAAGAGAACACUUCUGGAAUAACUGAGCUGGAGAUUAAGUUGGCUUCUUACAGUGAGCUUCCGUCUGAUGUCAAAGGUCUCCAGAUUGUUCUGGAAGAUCUAAUGAUCCUGCAAAACGCAAUCUCUCAACAGCAGAUAUCUAUUGAUCAGCUGAAUGACGAUGCUCACAACGCGAGGAGACUUGUUGAAAAGUCACGGCCUGGUCACCGUGGUCCACAUAGCGACAUGGAUCGUUUGGAUGCUGAGGUCAAUAGGUUGAAUGCCAGGUGGACGAAUAUUUGUGGACAACUGGUGGAUAGACUCAGGAGUGCAGAAACUGCUUACGGCCUCGCGCAGCAAUAUCACAGUUCUUAUCAGAAUGAGGUUGACUUUGUUGAUGAAAGCUACUGCAAGCUUGAAUCUGCUCCUGCUCAAGAAUUGGAAACAGCUAAAAACCUGUUGAACAGAGUUUGCGAUCGCGCAGCAGCGAUUGAAGUCGUCAAUGUCACCGGAGGAAGACUGAUCCGUGAAGGCAAGAUCUAUGGCCAGCGGCUCAGAGCGUUCAAGGAACAGCUUGAAGAGCUUUGUCCAUCGCUGGAUGCAUCUGUCAAAAGACCGAGACGUGAAUCCGUGACAACUGUCGACGUAAUUGCUCACGAUCUCGACAAUCUCAACAGGCGAUACUCCACGCUCGUCAGCCUCUGUCGCGAGCUUGUGCUUAAAUUUGCUCACCAGUAUCCCGAAGACAUUUCUCUGCAGCGAGCUCUGCAAGAGCAACGACCACUGCGUACAUUUCGGACUGAGUUUAAUAUCUACGAAAGUACAACCAGUGAGGAGCGAUAUACCUCGACUACAACUCAUUACACUCAAUCGCAGUACUCAUCUGAACGAUAUGAAUCAUCGAACCAAAUGCAGCGAGUGUCUUCUCGCGAGACGUCGCCGGUCAAGAAGCCCUAUGGGAACCAUACGAGUUCCUUCACAACCAACGGCGACGGUAUCAGAGAAACAGAAAUUGACGGGUCGCGAGCCUACAAGACGAGUGUUAACAGCAGUAUGCAGAUCAACGAGAUCAAAAGCCUGCGUAGAAGACAACGCUCGGAAGAUAAUGGCAUUGACGUGGACAACGUGAUAGAAGCCCGAGGGAUCAUCCAUCCCACUACCGGGCAAGUCCUCACCGUAGGCGAAGCCAUAAGCCUAAGAAUUCUGGACGUGAGAAACGGAAGAAUAGCGACUUCUAUCGACGGAAGAACGAGCGUGACGAUAGAAGAAGCUGUCGCGCUUAAUCUUAUCGACGUAGAACUCGCGCGUCGUCUUCUGGGACCGUGCGGGGUUGUUUCGGAGAAGAAUCGCAUGUCGCUGCUUGAAGCCAUCCAACGGGAACUGUUCGACGCGGAACGGGAGAAGAGCGAGGACCGUGUCAAGGUAACGUGUGUGUCUACAGCCGGAAUUAGUGUUGCCGAUGCGAUGCGUCAGGGUUUGUUGGACCCGGAGACAGGUCUGUUUGUCACAGAUAACGGCGAGAUGAUGACCAUCCAGGAAGCUUACAGUCGAGGCUUCAUUACCAAGAUUAACACUACCGUUAAGAUAAAACGAGGCGCACUGGCCCUCGCUGACGCCAUUUCUCAAGGCUUGGUCGACGACAGACUGGGUCAGAUUAUUGACAGAAACACCGGGGAAAGCUAUCUGCUGGACGAGGCGAUCCAGCGAGGUAUAAUUGAUCCAGAUGUGCGCGAAAUUGUCGAUGUAAGAAACGAUACCAAAAUAACAAUUACCGAGGCGAUUAACCAGGGUAUUAUAAACGUCAAAAACGGAAAGUAUGUGCAAGGUUUUAGUUUGGAAAAGCUGUCCUUCAAAGAAGCUCGGAGACGUCAGCUGAUCGUUAAGCCAAUGACGCUCAAGGAUUGCUGCGAUUUGGAGGUAAUAGACGACAAAGGUAAAAUUUUUAGUCCUAAUCAUACUCGUAAACUUGGUAUUUUAGAAGCUAUUUCUUGCGGCGUUUUAGAUACUGAUAACAUUAAAUCCGUUUCGGACACUAGGUCCGGUGAUUUACUUACUCUUUCAGAUGCCCUAGCUAGUGGUAUUAUUAAAAUCGACUGUGGACGUUACGUUAACUUAAAAACCCAUGAAGAAUUGAGUAUUCCCGAAGCUGUUGAUCGUGGAUUGAUAACUUCAGUUGCUCAAAAGUCCAUUUUUGAUAUUGACGGGUUCAAAGAUCCUAUUUCUGGGGAGUUUAUUAGCCUUAAUGCGGCCUUAUUAAAAGGCUUGAUCAGUCCUAAGUCUGGGGGUUCGUUUGUGGUAGAUUUAAAGACAGGUCGUGCGGUUUCUUUCAACGAAGCCGUAAAAUCUGGGCACGCGCGCCCAGAAGUCAUGGAAAUGUUGAAUCGCGGUAUUGGUGUGACGGAAAAUGGUAAAGAAAUAAGUGUGCUAGAGGCGGUAUUGUUUGAGUUGCUGGAUCCUAAGACAGGGCAAUUGUUGGACCCGCGAUCGAAGAAACCAGUCCCACUGGAAGAUGCGAUUAAACGCGGAUUGAUAACUCCAGAUGGUGCUGCUUUGUUGGCCAGUCUUUUGAAUAUCACUGUUACCACUCAGACGGUAACCAAAACGAUAAAGCGUUACGUUACGGUGACGGAAACUGGAGAGACUAUCACGCGAGAUUACAAACUUUCUUACAGGGAAGCUAUUAGUCGUGGGCUGAUAGACGAAAAAACUGGUGAGUUCACUGAUCCUGACUCUGGUAGACACUUCAAUUUGAGUGAAGCCAUUGAUCAGGGCUUGCUAAGUGCUCCCGAAGCGCGAGAAACUGAGCGACCUUCGCCCAAAAAGACUCGCGAUUCCCCGUCCAAGCAAAUGGUCUUCGAGAGCACUCUUUACGCGAAAGUUAACGAGCUUACUCCCACGCCACCACCGCGUAAAAAGCUUGCUUCUCCUCCCCGAGCUGUCGGUACUACUACGACUAUUAUUACCCAUGAUCUAGUUCAGCCUGAUAAUGAUGUGCGUGUUAACAACUCGACAAUCAUUUCCGUCGGUUUAGAGUCUUCCAAAGAGUCGAGUGAAAUAAUAACCGAUUCCUCGGAAAAAUCAAGUCCCUCGCCUACGAAAAACCGUUCGAUCAACGACCACGUUAGUACUGUUUUUAUAAAGUCCAACGACGAUGUCAAAGAAUCGGUGUCUUUAAAAACAGAAAAGAAUUUGCGUAAUUUGACCAACGAAAUAGAGACAUUUAUUGAAAAAGAAUCUGAAUCUGUUGAGAAGGAAGUCUUUGAACUUCCGUCCGAAGGGUGGAUGCUCCGAGACGCGAUUGACCAGAGAUUGUUUGAUCCAGCUACUGGGUUGUUCAUUAUUUCUGGUACUGAUAGGCUUGUUUCGUUUGAAGAGUGCAUAAAACUUGAGAUAAUCAAUCCUCAUUCUGCCGUGGUUGUUGAUCCAAACAACAGCAGACAUGUUUCGUUGGUCCGCAGCUUGGAGAAGGGUAUUCUAGACGCUACGGGGCAUUACGUUCAUCCACGGAAAAUGACGAUGAAAGAUGCAAUCGAACAGGGGCUGGUCAUUUUAGAACGCAAGUCGAGCGAAGAUGACCAAUCUAACGCGCGAAUGAUUCAAAUCACGAAAGUUACCGGCAAACCUGACACGGUUGAGGUCACGACUGCUGACAAUCUGUCCCAAGAUGUCAAAGUUUCUAAUUCUAGCGAAAUAUCUUCAGAUCCUGUUCAAGUAAGUCCGGGCGUUAUUUAUGAUCCUGAAACUGCUUUGGUAAUCUUUACUGAAUCUGGUCAGUCGUCUAAUAUUCUGACGGCUGUGAGUGAAGGAACUUUGGGUACAGAAGCUAUUUUAGUGAAAGAUCCGGAAACGGGCAAGGAAAUUAGUAUGGCGAAAGCGGUUAAGAAGAAUAUAGUUAACCCUAAGACAGGAAUUUAUGUAGACGAGGCUGGUCGUAAGAUUUCGUUGAGUGACGCUGCCAAAUUCGGAUUGAUUGCUGUUGUUGGAGCUCCUCUGGUUGCCGCGGCAGCUGCUGUAGAAGCUGUCAAGAAGGCGAUGAUCAAAGAUCCUAAAACUGGCGAAAAGAUUCCGAGAGAAGUCGCGAUUGAAAGGGGUCUUGUGACUCCAGAUAAAGUCAACCAGGAAUUCGUGACUAGUGUCAAAGAAUCCAAUGGCGAAAAUGGCCUUGUCGAAGCGUUGAAUAAGGAUGUUGUUACUGAUCAAUUCAAUAAAUUGAUCACUGAAAAACAUUUUGAAAAGUCGGAAAAGAAGGAAGUUAAUGAAAUUACUGAUGAUUUUACUGAUCAAAUUGACAAAGCACCUAGUUUAGCAGAACAAACACGCACUAGAGUCACUACAGAGCCCAAGUAUCAAGUGACUAUUGGUACAGCAAAGACGAUUCCUAGCCCAGAAAUAGAAGCCAAGGCAAUCGUGCUUCAGAAAAUGCGUAAGAAGGUACUGACUCCCAAAGAAGCUGAAGAAACUGGUUUAAUUGACAGAGAUACAGUUGAAAUUUUGGAAACAACUGUGUUGAAAAACGGCGAAUUUGAUUGUAACGGUGGAAAAGUCACUGACCCGCAACGCGGUGAUGUUAUUUCUAUUAACGAAGCUGUAGAGCGUGGUAUUGUAGACCCGGAGAGUGGAAAUAUUUUAGUUCCAUUAGCGCGCAGUCUUUCCAUUCCCGGGUUGUACAAUCAAGGCCUUCUAGAACGUGAAGAAGGCAAGGUGGUUCAUCCCGAAACCGGGCAGCAUCUGUCGUUGAAAGAAGCAAUCGUCUGUGAAAUAGUAGAUCCCCUUUCGACGAUGACUUCGCAGAACGGUAACAAAUUAACGUUACAGUCCUCAAUCGAGUGUGACGAUAUCGACGCUGAUAAAUCGAUUGUACAUAGCGAGAAGGGUGAUUUGAAUCUCGUGGAAGCUACCGAGCUGAACAAGUUUGAUGAAGUAGAAUCGAUGAGUGCCGUAUCACUGCCCCCUGUAGGUAUGACUUUCUCGGUUGCAAUGCAACGUGGAUUAGUAAAUACUGCUGAACAGAUAGUAACGCAUCCAUUGACUGGCCAACAGUUUACAGUAGACGAAGCUAUCAAAAAUGAAUUUAUUAUGUCUUUACCAUAUCCAGCUGCACCUGAAAGUAUUGAAGUAACAAAAGCCCUCGAGGCUGGUCUUAUUGACAAAGAUAAGGCUGCGUUCAAUGAUCCAAAGACUGGACGUACUAUUCCAAUAAAUGAGGCCUUAGAGUCCGGUCAAUUGGUUGUUGGAUCUAAACCUAAAACUGAAAAUAGCACCGUAACUGCCAUUGUAGAGACAGUAACUUCGUACCAAACUGUUACGACAAAAACAAUUCAACUUUCUCCCGGUUAUUCACUGCUUGAUUCUAAUCAAGUGCAGAACAUCAAAACUGGAGAGAUUAUUUCGAUGGCUGAUGCCCAGAAGCUGGGAAUCGUUAAAGAUGAAGAAUCAGAGAAUCAGGAUGUUAAAGUACCGUUUAGCGACGCUGUUGAACAAGGAUUGGUUGACAUGAACGCUGGUACGUUCACGAAUCCAGAUACUAGAGCUGUCAUGUCGAUAAGACAAGCAAUUGAAGACGGUAUCCUUGAUACUAAACCAGAAAUACAAGACCAGCAACAGACAAGUACUAGUAUGACAGUUCUGGAAGCUGCCAACCAAAUUUACGAUGAAAAGACAGAAAAGUUCAGAGAUCCGAAGACGAAUAAAUCAUACAGUUUGACAGAAGCAAUAGAAGUAGGGCUUAUUGAAGCGGAUUCUCUGGUUUAUGACGUCAAAUCAUCAGCUCAGAUUACGACUAAAGAAGCUGUUGAGCGUGGCUUACUGGAUCCUAUAACUGGAAAAGUCAAAAACGAGCGAGGAAACUCGAUUUCUAUUGCAGAUGCGGCUAAGCUUGGGCUUUUAGCGGUCGUUGCUGCGCCUGUUCUGGCUGGAAAAGCUGUCGUAGAUGCUGUCAAGAACCGAAAAUCUGCAGACAGACGUCCUACGAUGUCACCGGUUCCAGAAAGUCCUGCUCAUCAGCCUCAAGCUAAAGAGAAUAAGCUAAAAGAGACAGCAGAAAAGUCAAAAAUAAAAGAGAAUUUGGUGGCGGAAAGCAAAGAAAGUGAACGAAUGGACGUCUCUCUAGAUUCAGAAUCUCAUUCAGUUCAAAUCACUCUUGAAGAAGCUAUAGAAAAUGAUCUUAUAGACCCUAGUUCAUGUAAAAUAGUAAUCGGACAACGCGAAUUGCCUUAUACUGUCCAAACUGCUUUAGAUAAUAACGAAAUUCAACUUACGGAAACAAUUGUUGUUCUCAACCAAACGCGGAUCAGUAUAAUCGAAGAAAAACCCCGAUUUAGAAUAGAAAUAUUCCGUAACUUGACGACUCAGUAUCUAUCAGAUCAGGGAGUCUACGACUUGGAAUCUGACAAAUUCUUAGACCCUUACUCCGAAACAACAAUAGCUUUCCAUGAGUUCGUACUUGAUCUAGAAAUAUUCGACCCCGACAACGUUUGGGUGAAAGAUUUGUCUAGUAAAACUAACGAGUACGUUUCUUUACGUGAAGCUAUCAACAAACCUCUGGUAGACAGAAACAUCGGCUACAUGGUUGACCCGAAGAGCGGUAAAAAAAUUCCGUUCUGCGAAGCUGUACAAGCUGGAAUGAUUAUCCAACGACCUGUCAAUCGAGAAGAGUCGUUAUCACUGACUCUGCAAGAAGCCAUUCAAUCAGGAAUUUGUGACUCGUUAAGCGGCAAUUUGCAAGACCCAAGAUCUGGCCAACAAUUAUCUUUGGCCGACGCAGUAGAAAGUGGUUUAAUAGACGUCGACUCGGUGAGCAUCCGCAACCCGGCAAACGACGAAAUCAUUCCACUUGCAGAGGCUGUCGAAUCUGGAGUCGUGAAUUUGGCUCGCGGUGUCAUAGUUAACAUUGAAACGCACUCUGAAGUUAGCAUAAGAGAAGGAUUCUUGAAGGGUCUUGUUCUUCCAGGUCUACGGAAGCCAAUUUCUCUGGAAGCUGUGAUAACAAAAGGCUGGUAUGACUCUCAGUCAGGAAACAUUAAGGAUCCGAUGACCCAGCAGUUAAUAGAUAUCGACGAAGCAGUAGGUCGCGGAAUAGUCGACGCAUUUAUAACCGAGUGUCAGGACACCAAAGCCGGGUCUUUCUUGUCCCUGGACGACGCUUUGACUGUCAAACUCGUUAACCCAAAGACUGGUCGACUUCGUGAUACCAAGGCUGGUGAAUUAUUACCACUUGAUAUUGCAUUAGACAAAAAGCUUAUUAUUACAACGCCAUUUGUGCCUUCAUUCAUUGAUGUCAUUAUACAGGAAUACUAUUCACCAAAAACUGGUCUCGUUCUCAAUCCAAUGACUGGUGAUGAAUCAACGAUGAAACACGCGCUAACAACGGGGUAUGUCGACAGCAGAAUGAUAAAAAUCAAAGAUGAUCGCAGUGAAACAGUCGUUUCGUUGCGAGAUGCGGAAAAGAGUGGACUGAUUGAUUUAGAGAAGGGUGUUCUGUUAUAUCCACACUCUAUGACUCUUGAUGUGGCGCUGGAAAAAGGCUACAUUUUGAAUACAACCAAACCUUGGACAUUGCAAGAAGCUCUGGCUCACCAGAGUUACAACCCCAUUACCGGAAGGUUUUUGAUGGACGGCGAAAGGUUGCCUCUAGAAGAAGCAAUCACUAAAGGAUUGAUCAGCCAUGAUAGCCCUUCUGUAAAAGACCCGAGAUCUGGAGAUGUUAUAACACUCAGCGACGCCAUUAAGUUCGGACUUAUUGAUCCUAAAUCCGGUACAGCCUUAGACCCGUCUACCGGCACAGCUCUGUCGCUUACAGACGCGAUGGAUCGUGGAUUGGUUGUUCCCGCAAAACGCAAAAUAUCUUUGCCAGAAGCUGUUUUCAAAGGCUUCUACGACCCCAAGACCGGUCAGUUCACGAGUCUUGAAACACGAGAAAGAUUGCCUACCGAUCGCGCUAUCAAAGAAGGCGUCAUAGAUCCAACUUCAGCUAUCGUGAGAGACCAGCACGGAGAACUGAUUACAUUCAGCAAAGCCAUAAAAGACAGAAUCAUCGAUGCUAAAUCUGGAACAGUGAUUACUGAAGAAGGACAAACUAUGGACUUCCAUGAAGCUUUUGAGAAAGGAGUAUUACUCGAAGCUCGGCGACCUAUGAGUUUCAGUGAAGCUAUUCUCAAAGGCAUUCUCGACAGAAAGACAAACUUGUUUUUGGAUCCACGUACUGGCGCUUAUCUGACAAUCGGUCAGGCAAUUGAGAAGCACCUAAUCGACGCUGAUUCAGUGACCGUUAAAGACGCGAAAACUGAAUUCUCCAAAAAGAUAGCGUUGAAGGAAGCGAUAAGAAUUGGUCUGCUGAAUGGCGCCACUGGCAAAGUCAAAGAUUCAACGCAACAUAAUCUUGAAAUUUCUCUGAGUGAGGCUUAUGAAACUGGCAUCAUUGUAGACAACAAAGCCGCGAUUUCUGUGCAGCGCGCUAUCCACCAAGGUCUGUACGACGAUAAAACAGGCAAAAUAAUCGAUCCUAGCACUGGAAGAUCUAUAACUCUGCACGAAGCGAUGAGGAUGUGUGUCAUCAGUCCCAAGUUAGUUUGCUACUGGGAUAAGCGUACGGAAACUUUGUUGUCACUCGCGGAAACUUGUCGCGCUGGAGUCAUUGAUAGACGUACAGGUAUGUUCAAAGAACCAGGUGCUAAUUGCUCAAUUCCUUUGUCAAUGGCUCUACAAUUGGGCCUGAUUGUUGACAUUGAAGGCGCUGGUUUCAGUCUGUACGAGGCAGUACAUAUGGGAAUGUACGACGUACCUUCCGGUAGAUUUAUCCAUCUCUUGACAAAUAAGAAAUUGACCUUAUCCGAAGCCUGUCAGGCUGAAUUGAUCAACCCUGUAAUAUCCUUCGUUAAGAAUUCCAAAACAAAUCGGUACAUUCCUUUGUCUGAAGCGAUUUCCGAAGGCAUUAUCGACGAUGUUCGCGGUACUUACACCCAAGUAGAACUCAACAAAGCGAUAAAUCUAGUAGAAGCCAAAAAUAAAGGCUUAAUCGUUCCUUCUAAUCGGCCGAUUUCUAUCGAAGACGCUGUAAAAUGCGGUCUUUAUCGCCCUGACAAUGGUAAAUUCAUUGAUCCUAGCACCAAUGUCUUUUACGACAUUGUCCAAGCCAUUAAUUCCGGUUUAGUAGAUCCUGAUACCACUGCUCUGAAAGAUACCACUAGCGGGCAAAUAAAAUCCUUGCAGCAGGGCAUUUCUGAUGAUACUAUCGACGUUUCUAGGGGACAGAUUUUAGAUCCUAAGACAAAGCGCAGUUACACUAUUGACAUUGCGCUAGAACGCGGGUUACUUGUGACUAUUGACAAACCUUUGACGCAACAGACAGAACGUAAAAAUUCUUUAGAACUACAGAACGCCAAAGACAAACUUGUUAAGGAGUGUAGUAUUGAAGAAGCCGUAAGAUUUGAGCUUCUGAAUCCCACCAAGUGUUUCGUGAAAGACCCGAAAACGGGUAAGUUUAUAACCUUGAGCAAAGCGCUGGCUGACGAUCUCGUUGACGCGUCCAAACGAGGAACCAUUGAUCCUCAAAAUGAAAAAAUGACGCAACGUAUAGUGCGUUUCGAAGAAGUAAACGUGUAUUUGGUAGAGCCGAUUUCCUUUGACCUGGCAGUAGAGCGAGAAAUUUUGAGCAUCGAAACGGCAAAACUCACUGAUCCUAUUACCAAUGAAGAGAUAACCCUUAAAGAAUCGGUUUCUCGCGGGAUUAUCGAUUCAGACACCGUUCUGAUAAAAGACUCCCAGAAGAAGAAGUUGGUGACCCUGCCAGAGGCCUUUAGGAAGGGAAUAAUGGACGGUGAGAAGGGCAGCGUUCUCGACACUGAAACUUCUAAAUUGAACUCACUGUCGAAGGCAGUUGAGUCUGGACUUUUGACCACCCAGAAACGUGGACUGUCCUUUAUUGAAACGCUUGAAUUUGGUAUUUAUAACCCUACCACAGGUGCAUUUAGCGACCCUUUUACUGUGACGACGUUGGUAGACCGAAAACGGCUGACACUGAGCCAAGUAUUAGAGUCAGGCUUAGUCGACCCUUCGACAACGGUGAUAAAAGACCCCGUGACUGGAGAAAUUUCAAGUCUCUUAGAAGGGAUUAAUGAGGGAAAGAUCGACCCUGUUGCCGGUAGAUUCCGGCUUGAUUCUCAGCCUGAUCUUAACUUCCUCCAGGCCUUGGACAGGGGCUUCAUACUCGCAGCAGAAGCGAGGCAAGCGGUUCAAGAAAAGUACAAGUUGUGCGAUGAGACGUUGACUAAACUUCUGCAAUGGGUUACUGAGAUUGAAGACAAAUUGGCUCAUCAAGAUGUCGUCAAGGAAGACAUCGAGGAAUUGAGGAACCAAAUCAACACUAUGAGACAAGUCAAAGAAGACAUCGAGGCUCACAGCAGACCAGUAUCCGCCUGUCUGGACCAAGUCCGUCAAGUAGUGAUAACCGGCAGUGACGUAUUAUCAAGCGACGAAGUGUCAUCCCUAGAAAAGAACGGCCGUUCUUUGAAAACUCGCUACGACCGUGCGACUGACCGUACUGAAAGAUUACUGAAGCGCCUCAAUGGCGCACGAGACGAGCUGUCCAAAUUCAAAAACGAGAUCUUCUCGUUCUCUGCCUGGCUCGACAAAGCUCGCCGUGUCCUCGAAGACAAAGAACGUUCUCUUUCUGACCUGAACAAACUAACCGCAAGCACCGAUCCUACUCGCGAUUUCAUCAGCGACGUAAUCGCCCAUCAAGCGGACCUGAGAUUCAUCACAAUGGCCGCUCAAAAGUUCGUCGACGAAAGUCGGGAAUACCUCCAAGUUCUCAACGAAUUCCGAACAAGCUUACCACAACGAUUGCCCCACAAAGAGCCAACUGCCAGCCAGGACUCGCCAGUUCGCAACGAAGUCACCAUUGUAACUGCACAGUACAAGGAUCUUCUGUCCCGCGCUACCAAUCUUUCUGAUAGGUUAACUGGUGUUGGUGGAAGACAACGUGACUACCAAGAUUCACUAGAAAAAGCACGAUCUUGGUUGAAAGAAAUUGAACCGCGAGUUCACCGAGUUAUCUCUGAACCAGUCGCUGCAGAACCUAAACAGGUUGAAGAGCAACUAAGCAAAGCCAAGGGAUUGAAUAAUGAAUUUUUGGUUAACGCUCGGCUUAUUGAUAAUGUCAAAACAAGCUUAGACGCUUUGUUGCGAUCACUCGAUGGACAACUUACGCCCAGUGAAGCGAAACAACUCGAAGAACCAGUUGUUGCUAUUGAAGACAAAUAUCGGCAGUUGUUGAAUGCUUUGGCUGAAAAGUGCCAAGAACUCGACACUGCUUUGGUUCAGAGUCAAGGAGUUCAAGACGCGCUGGAUGGAUUGGUUGCUUGGUUGAACAAUGUGGAGAGUCAGUUCAAAAACAUGCAACGACCUGCCAGCUUGCACAAAGAAAGGCUUGAUGAGCAACAAAGAGAACAGCGAAUGUUGCAGUCGGACUUGGAUAGCCACCGUCCCAGUGUAGAAGCAAUCACUGCUAGUGCUCACGAUCUUUUGAUAAACUCCAGCAAUGCUAGAGUCGCCAAACGCAUUGAAAGUAAAUUGAAAGAUGUGCAGAGUCGGUAUGAGAAACUUAUGGACAAAUCACUGCGUCGAGGAGAGUUCUUGGAUGAAGUUUCGCAUGCGCUGAACGAGUUCUCUGUUGAGACGAACAAGUUCGACGCGUGGUACUCGCAAAUGAUUGAAGUUCUUGAAUCCCGUGAAUUGACAAAACUGGAUGUUGUCGAGUAUGAGAACAAGAUGGCUCAAUUGGCUGGAAAAAGAGAAGACCAAAGACAGAACGUCGAGAGUCUUAUUGGAAAUGGCAAGAAUUUGGUUGCGAAGAAAGAUAUUACAGAUGCAGCGCAGAUUAGGGAUAAGAUUAAGGCGAUUGAGUCACAGUGGAGAGAAUUAGGAAACUUGCUAGAUGAAAAGCAGAGGCUGAGUAAGUCGAGGGCAGAACAACUUUCGGCGUAUGAGAAACUACGUGAUCAGGUUCUGGAUUGGUUGAGUCGUACGGAAACCAGGGUGUCAAGAUUGCACCCGGUAGCAGUAGAUUUGGAAAAAUUGAAAGUCCAGACGGAGGAAUUGAAGCCGAUUCAAAAGGAGUACAGAGACUACGGAAAUACCGUAGAUAAAAUUAAUGAUCUGGGGAUUGUGUAUGAUAGUUUACUGAAGGAACGCGGAGAGAGUCCACCCAGACGACGUGGAAGUACUAGUCCCACUAAGCGCAAUACCAUCACGAGCCCACUCCGCCGAAUGUCACAAGACGGUCGCUCACCUUCCCCCACUAAAACCUAUGCCGUUCAAAGUCCGGUGUCUCCAGGUGGUAGCAGCGGAUUUAGCAGCCGGCGUUCCAGUCAAGACGGCUUCCAUCUCGAGGAGUUGUCUCCUGUCCAACAGCAGCUGUCUGAAAUCAACAACAGAUACGGCUUGCUUGGUGUCAGAUUAUCCGACCGCCAAACUGAGUUGGACAAUGUCAAGGAGGAGCUGAGGAAACUCUUGGACAACUUGAAAACUUUGUCCCAAUUCUUAGACAAAAUUGAACGUCAGUUACCAAAGGAAUCCAUCCCUAUCUCUAAAGAAGAAGCCGACAAAACUGCUAAACUCAUUAAAGUAGUCGUCGAAGAAAUGUACGAGAAACAAUCUCUCUUGGACAGCACAAAGACACAAGUACGUGACAUUGUGCGUCGUAAAAAAGACGCAGACGGUGCAGACCGCCUUAAUGAUGAGUUAGAAGACGUAGCCAGUCGCUGGAAGUCAAUAUCUGACCGCUGCAAAGAUAGAAUUAAAUUCAUUGAAGACAUAAAGGAGUUCCAUGACACCUACGAAAGCUUGAACUCCUGGCUGGGAGCUAAAGAAAGAAUGUUGGGUGCUCUAGGACCCAUUUCAUCUGACCCAAGAAUGGUAGCUAGCCAGGUACAGCAAGUCCAAGUACUCCGUGAAGAAUUCCGGUCUCAGAAGCCCCAGCUUGAUCAUCUCGUCGAAGUUGGCGAAAGUGUUCUUACUCGUCUGCCAAAUGACUCCGUAGACGGCCAGAAAAUCAGCGACAAGCUGAACAACAUCUUACAAAGAUGGACUGACCAGGUUAACCGACUCGACGAACGAGCUCAGAGUCUCGGAGAUGCUGUUGACACCAGCAGGGAGUUUGACGCCAGCCUCAAUCGCCUUCGCGACGCGCUUCAAGGUAUUUCAGACAACUUGGACGAUUUACCUCUUGACAAAGAUCCAGAGGAACAACUUCGUAAAAUCGAAAACCUCGAAAGACAACUGGAAGGCCAGCGUCCUCUGCUCGCCGAUGCUGAAGCAGCUGGAGCUCAACUCUGCGAAGUUUUGAGCGACCCUGCGUCCAAGUCUGAGAUUCAAGGAAAACUCGCGGCUGUUAAUAAAUUGUACAACAACUUGCAGAAGAAACUGGACCACAGGAAGGCAGAAAUUGAAGGAAACCUUCGGGACGGAAGACAAUUUGAAGCUUCUUGCAGCAAAACUCUCGGGUGGCUGGCAGAUGAGCUUGGAAACAUGUCAGAGAAACUUUUGGUUUCAGCGGACCGUGAGAUUUUGCAGCAACAACUGGACCACCACGAGCCCAUUUAUCGCAAUGUGAUGGGCAAAGAGCAUGAAGUUAUAAUGCUGCUGAACAAAGGUCGUGAUAUUCUUGCGCGAUCAGCAAAGAACGAGAACCGUACGCUGCAAAGAGAUUUAGAUAAGAUGCAGAUGCAGUGGGAUCGACUGAAGAAGGAUACUCUUGACAGGCAUACCAAGUUACAGACGUGUGCUGAGCAUUGCAAGAAGUACUACCGCGCUCAGGACUCUUUCUUGCCUUGGCUGAGACAAGCUGAGGACAAGUUGGAUAGCUUGAAGCCAGCUUCUUUCAAGCGUAAGGAUAUCGAGAAGCAGCUGAAGGAACUCUCGUCUUUCAGAAACGAGGUUUGGAAACGCUCUGGCGAGUUUGAGAAUAACAAAACUUUGGGAGAAACUUUCCUCAGCGCUUGUGAUAUUGACAAGGAUGUUGUUAAGAAUGAGCUCAGUGCCAUGAAGACCAGGUGGGAUAAAUUGAAUAAUGAAUUAUUGGCACGCACGCAGUCGCUCGAAGAUACUGCCAGACAUUUGAAUGACUUCAAUGAAAAUUUGAGGGAUUUGAAACACGGGUUACAGAGGUGUGAAGAUAAAUUGGCGUCACAUGAUGCUUUGGGUGGUGCUUCUAAAGAUCCAAAACUUCUUGACAGAAUAAAGAACUUACGAGAAGAAACAGCGGCACUGAAGAAACCUUUGCUAUCUGCGAGACAACAAGCCAAUGAUUUAGUAAACAACGCCCGUGAGCAAGGUGUAGAUGCAACUCACCUUCAAGACGAAGUCGACAAUAUCACCGAUCGCAUCAAUGAUCUCCAAGGAAAACUUGACGACCGUUGCAAUGACUUACAGAGCGCAGCUACCGCCGUAGCUCAAUUCAAUGACCAAGUAAAAGCUCUAACUUACGACCUCAGUGGUUUGGAGAACGAAUUGGAAUCAAUGAAAGCUCCAGGUCGCGAUAUCAAGACCGUUCGUUCUCAAAUCGAGGAAGUUAACAAACUGAUCAGCAAAAUAAACCGCACAUCUGACGAGGUUUCGAAGUUAGUAAAUGCUGGGGAGAAUUUGGUAGACAGCGGAUUUGCUGCUGAUGUAAUAGCAACUCGAGACCAAAUUGAUAUUCUGAAGCGUCACCUGGGAAAACUAGAUGAACGUGCUCGCAAUCGCGAUGAAGAGUUGUCGGACAUAUUGAAUAAAUUGCAAGAGUUUUACCGUAUUCACGCGGAUGUUAUAGAUGAUAUUAAUGACGCCAGCGACCAGGUCAAAAGAUUUAAAGCGGUGGGAUCUGACAUUGAUUCCAUUAAAGCCCAGCAGGAAGACUUCCGCGCAUUGAAGGCCCAGAAAAUCGAACCAAUCGCUCGUGCAGUUGAUGAGUGUAAUUUGGUAGGUCAAGGAUUGAUCCAGAGCGCGGGACGAGAUGUUAACACCAGCGGUAUUGAGAAAGAUCUCGAUAAAAUGCACGAGAAAUGGAAUGACUUGAAGGAUAGACUGAAUGAACGUGACCGUCGACUUGAUGUUGGUCUUUUGCAGUCAGGAAAGUUCCAAGAGGCUCUGGAUGGCUUGGAAAAAUGGCUGGCAGAUACCGAAGAGAUGGUAGCUAACCAAAAAUCCCCUUCUUCUGAUUACAAGGUCGUCAAGGCUCAGCUUCAAGAACAAAAGUUCUUAAAGAAGAUGUUGAUGGACCGUCAAAACUCAAUGUCCUCACUCUUCAACAUGGGCCAAGAGGUAUCCGCUGCAGCGGACCCCAAAGAACGUAAAGCAAUUGAGAAAAGAUUGAAAGAUCUGAUCGGAAGAUUCGAUGCGCUGACAGAAGGUGCUGCUGAGCGCAUGGAUGCUCUCGAGCAAGCCAUGGCAGUGGCCAAAGAAUUCCAAGAAAAACUGACACCUCUUGCGAUCUGGUUGGACAAGACCGAGAAGAAGGUGAAAGACAUGGAAUUAAUUCCAACUGACGAAGAGAAAAUCCAACAGCGAGUUUCAGAGCAUGAUGUUCUUCACGAUGAUAUCUUGUCAAAGAAGCCGUACUUUAGCGAGUUAACCGAAGUGGCCAGUCAAUUGAUGAGCCUCGUUGGUGAAGAUGAAGCCACCAUUCUUGCUGAUAAGCUUCAAGAUGUUGCCGACCGAUACGCCAGUCUUGUAGAACGCUCCGAGGCACUCGGAAGUUUAUUGCAGCGCUCGAGACAAGGUCUCCGCCAUCUCGUCCUUACUUAUCAAGAUCUGCAAGCCUGGAUGGAGAGUAUGGAGAAAAGACUGUCCAAGUAUCGUGUUCUUGCUGUUCACACCGAGAAGCUGCUUCAGCAAAUGGAAGAUCUCGCUGAUUUGACCGAGGAAGUGUCUUCUCGCCAAACGGAAGUUGACAGUACAACAGACUCCGGGUUGGAAUUGAUGAAACACAUUUCCAGCGACGAAGCACUUCAACUUAAAGAUAAACUAGACUCUCUCCAACGCCGCUUUAAUGACUUGGUCACGCGCGGCUCUGAUUUACUCAAGCACGCCCAAGAAGCCUUGCCGUUAGUCCAGCAAUUUCACGACAACCAUAACAGGCUCAUGGACUGGAUGCAGGGCGCAGAAACCGCUCUCCAAUCAGCCGAGCCACGAGAGGAAGAAAUUAUCCGCCUGGAAAUGGAGAUAUCUGAGUACCGACCGGUUUUGGAGAAAAUAAAUACCGUGGGUCCGCAGCUCUGUCAAAUUUCACCUGGAGAAGGUGCUGCAACUAUUGAAGGACUCGUCACCAGAGACAACAGACGGUUCGACGCAAUCGCCGAGCAAAUUCAACGCAAAGCUGAAAGGAUUCAAUUGAGCAAACAAAGGUCUCUUGAAGUGAUCGGAGAUAUUGAUGAUUUAUUAGACUGGUUCCGAGAAGUCGACAAUCAGCUGCGCGAAGCUGAACCACCAAGCAGUGAACCUGAGAUAAUCCGUGUACAAUUGAAAGAACACAAAGCUUUGAAUGAUGAUAUUUCUAGUCAGAAAGGUCGCGUUCGCGAUGUUAUUUCCACCGCUAAAAAAGUUAUUCGUGAAAACACUCACCACGAAGACACAGCUACUAUCAGAGACAAGAUGGAAGAUUUAAGAGAAACUAUGGAAAUUGUAUCCGGUUUGUCGUCAGACCGUCUUGGUGCUCUGGAACAAGCGCUUCCUCUGGCAGAACAUCUAAGAGAUACUCACUCGGGUCUGUGUAGCUGGUUGGAAGAAGUUGAACACCAGAUUUCUAUGCUGCCUAUGCCAGCUUUGAGACCUGACUUGAUUGCAGCUCAACAAGAUAAGAACGAACUGUUGAUCCAGAGUAUUAACGAACACAAACCUUUGAUCGAGAAGUUGAACAAGACCGGAGAAGCUCUAAUGAGAUUGUGCAAUGAAGAAGAGGGACUUAAAGUACAAGAUAUCCUGGACAAUGACAACGCUAGAUAUUCUGCUCUACGAGCUGAGCUUAGAGCUCGUCAACAAACUCUGGAGCAAGCUUUGCAAGAGUCUUCGCAAUUUUCUGAUAAGCUAGAGGGAAUGUUGAGAGCACUGACAUCUACUGCUGAUCAAGUUCACGGCGCAGAGCCAGUUAGUGCUCAUCCUCCUAGAUUAAGGGAUCAAAUGGAAGAGAAUGCAGCUCUGGCUGAGGAUUUGGCUCAAAGAUCAGAAGCUUACGCUGCGGUGAAAAAAGCUGCCGAUGAUGUUAUCAACAAAGCUGGUAAUCGUCAAGACCCAGCGGUUAAGGACAUCAAGCGCAAGUUGGAGAAAUUGAAUAAAUUGUGGGGAGAAGUCCAGAAGGCUACUAUAGAUCGAGGACAUACGCUGGAUGACACCUUGGCUAUUGCUGAGAAGUUCUGGUCGGAAUUGAACGGAGUGAUGACCACUCUCAGAGAACUCCAAGAUGCAUUGUCAGGACAGGCUCCACCUGCUGCUCAACCGGCAGCCAUCCAGCAGCAACAGGUAGCGUUGCAAGAAAUCAGACAAGAGAUUGACCAAACUAAACCAGAUGUGGAGCAAGUCAGAGCUUCGGGGCAGGAAUUGAUGGGUCUUUGUGGAGAACCGGACAAACCUGAAGUCCGCAAGCACAUGGAAGAUUUGGAUCAGGCUUGGGAUAAUGUCACUGCUUUGUAUGCGAGACGUGAGGAGAACUUGAUCGACGCUAUGGAGAAGGCUAUGGAGUUCCACGAGACUCUCCAUAAUCUGGUGGACUUUUUGCAAGAAGCUGAAGAUAAGUUUGCUGAGAUGGGACCUUUGGGUAGUGACAUUGAUUCUGUUAAAAGACAGAUCAAGCAGCUCGCUAACUUCAAGUCUGAGGUUGAUCCACAUAUGGUGAAGGUCGAAGCUCUUAAUAGGCAAGCUGCAGAAUUGACGGAGAGAACAUCAUCAGAGCAAGCAGCAGCAAUAAAAGAACCACUUGGUGCAGUGAACCGUCGAUGGGACGCUUUACUAAGAGGAGUCGUCGAACGUCAAAGACUCCUGGAGAACGCACUUCUGCGCCUUGGACAAUUCCAACACGCCCUGGACGAGCUGCUGGUCUGGAUUGACAAGACCGACAGAACUCUGGACGAAUUAAAGCCCGUCGCAGGCGAUCCGCAGGUGAUAGAAGUCGAACUAGCUAAGCUGAAGGUCCUUGUAAAUGACAUCCAGGCUCACCAGACGAGUGUAGACACUCUCAAUGACGCUGGAAGACAAUUAAUAGAAGACGGCAAAGGCACUGCAGAAGCUUCUACGACCGCCGAGAAACUAGGAACUUUGAAUCGCCGUUGGCGCGACUUACUCCAGCAAGCCGCGGAUCGACAACGAGAACUUGAAGAUGCGCUUCGGGAAGCUCAAUCAUUCACCGCCGAGAUCCAAGACUUACUAUCUUGGCUGGGUGACGUUGAUAACAUGAUCGUCGCUUCUAGACCAGUCGGCGGUCUUCCUGAAACCGCUUCCGAGCAAUUAGAACGCUUCAUGGAGGUCUACAACGAGUUAGAAAUGAAUCGUCCUAAGGUCGAAACUGUUCUGCAGCAAGGCCAAGAAUACUUGAAACGCGCUGGCGCCUCUAGUGCUGGAACACUGAACCACAAUUUAAGAACUUUGAAACAAAGGUGGGAUAGUGUAACAGCACGAGCUAGUGAUAAGAAGAUAAAACUAGAAAUCGCGCUUAGAGAAGCCACUGAAUUCCACGACGCGCUUCAAGCGUUUGUCGACUGGCUGACCAAUGCCGAAAAAAUAUUAACCAACUUGAAACCUGUUUCUCGAGUUAUGGAAACAAUUCUCGGACAAAUUGAGGACCACAAAGCAUUCCAGAAGGACGUUGGCGUUCACCGCGAAACGAUGCUCAAUUUGGACAAAAAAGGAACUCAACUUAAGUACUUUUCUCAAAAACAAGACGUCAUUCUUAUAAAGAAUUUGUUGGUUAGCGUGCAGCACAGAUGGGAGCGCGUUGUUUCUAAAUCAGCAGAAAGGACUCGCGCUCUGGAUCACGGCUACAAAGAAGCUCGAGAAUUCCACGACGCAUGGUCUCAUAUGAUGACCUGGCUGGACGACGCCGAGAAAACUCUCGAUGAAAUGGCCGCUGAGGGAGUUGGUGGCAACGACCCGGAGAAAAUCAAGUUCCGGUUGAACAAGCACCGGGAGAUCCAGAAAGCUUUGGGUGCCAAGCAAGGAACUUAUGACACGACGAUGAAGAACGGGAAAACUCUGAAGGACAAGGCGCCGAAGAGCGACGAACCGGCUUUGAAGGAGCUGUUGAAUGAAUUGAAGAGCAAGUGGACGACGGUGUGCGGAAAGAGUGUAGACAGACAGCGAAAACUGGAGGAAGCUUUGCUCUUCUCAGGUCAAUUCAAGGACGCUAUUCAAGCGCUGCUUGAUUGGCUCCAAAAAACCGAGAAGCAGCUGUCGAAUACUGGACCACUGCAUGGAGAUUUGGACACAGUUACCAAUUUGGUGGAGCAGCACAGGUCAUUUGAGAGAGACCUCGAGAUGAGAGCCUCGCAGAUGGAAUCUGUUAUCAACACUGGCCGAGAGCUUGAAUCUAAAGCUACGGUAGAAGACGCGUCGACUAUCAGGUCGCAGCUGUCCGAGGUGAAGAACCUUUGGAAUGUUGUGACCAGGUUGUCGGACAAUAAGUCUCACAGAUUGGACGAAGCGCUGAGGGAUGCAGAGAGACUUCACAAAGCUGUGCAUGUAUUGUUGGAGUGGCUGAGUGAAGCGGAAAUGAAGCUGAGAUUCGCGGGUCAGCUGCCAGAAGACGAACAAGAGAGCAGGAACCAGCUUAUGGAGCAUGAGAAAUUCUUGAGGGAGCUACAUCAGAAGGAAGUCGAGAAAGACCAUACUCUUGAACUGGCUCAUGGAAUCCUUGGCAAGUCUCAUCCGGAUGGAGCUGCUGUUAUCAAGCACUGGAUUACCAUCAUUCAGUCCAGGUGGGAAGAAGUUGCGACCUGGGCUCUGCAGAGAAACCAACGGCUAGAAAAUCACAUGCAAGGGCUACAGGAUCUUGACAAUCUUUUGGAAGAAUUGCUUUCAUGGUUAGAAGGUCUUACAAAUACUUUGAUAACUUUGGAAGCAGAGCCGUUACCAGAUGAUCGUCCGACUCUGGAGAUGCUGAUUGCAGACCACCGCGAAUUCAUGGAAAAUACUAGUCGCAGACAAGUUGAGGUUGACAGUGUUUGCAAAGCCCGUCAGAUAAAAGCCAUCAAGGACAAUCGCAAGAUGUCCAAAUCUAGAUUACCCGGUUCUGUUAAGGACCUGUAUCAAGAAAGUGAAGAUGAACAGCCGCUUCGUAAGCAAAGCUUCAAGGGCAGUCGAGACCUAUUGCAAUCUCGUCGUGGAAGCCGAGCCAGUCCAGGUCGUGAGAGAACACCAGAUCCUUCAUUGCCGCAUAUUGGUCCGCGAUUCCCACCCAAAGGAAGCAAAGGAGCCGAGCCGGAAUUCCGUAAUCCACGCGUUAAACUUCUCUGGGAUCGUUGGCGCAAUGUCUGGAUGAUGGCAUGGGAACGUCAGAGACGUCUUCAAGACAAGCUUAACUACAUCGACGAAUUAGACCGUGUCAGGAACUUCAGCUGGGAAGACUGGCGCAAGAGGUUCUUGAAAUUCAUGAAUCACAAAAAAUCACGGUUGACAGAUCUGUUUAGAAAAAUGGACAAAAAUAAUGACGGUCUUAUUCCGAGAGAAGAUUUCAUCCAAGGAAUCAUGAAUACUAAAUUCGACACAUCACGCUUAGAAAUGAACGCCGUUGCCGAUUUGUUCGAUCGCCACGGCGAAGGUCUUAUCGACUGGAAAGAAUUCAUCGCAGCUCUUAGACCAGAUUGGGAAGAAAGACGUACUUACCACGAUACUGACAAAAUUCACGAUGAAGUCAAGCGACUGGUCAUGUUGUGUACUUGCAGACAGAAAUUCCGCGUCUUCCAAGUCGGUGAAGGAAAAUACAGGUUCGGUGACAGCCAAAAAUUACGCCUUGUCCGUAUCUUAAGAUCCACCGUAAUGGUGCGAGUCGGCGGUGGAUGGGUAGCCCUCGACGAGUUCUUAUUGAAGAACGAUCCAUGUCGCGCGGAGGAGUUUAUGAACCAGCUGAUGCCGAUAUUUGAGAGUUUGAGGCAAAAGGAGGAUCUUCCGUGCUCGUACCCUCUUCACAUGCACGCCCCCUCUUACCACUGGGUAAGAGAGCGCAGCGUUAGAAGUGUGCCAAUGGGUCACUCAGGAACUCAUCGAGCGUCAAGAUCUUCAUUGAGCGCUGGAACUCCAGAUAGUUUGAGUGAUAACGAGAGUUCAUUCAAAUUGUCAACAAGAAAGACAAGUACUCCUUAUAGGAGUGUUAUUACUCCAAGUGGUAGCCGUCCAUCUAGCCGUCCAGCAUCACGGCCAGCAAGUAGACCAGCUAGUAGACCUAGUAGCAGGCCUGCGUCAAGGCAAGGUAGUAAACCACCAAGUCGUUAUGGCUCUACACAAUCUUUAGAUAGUACAGACGAGUCAGGAACUCCCAGUCGUAUUCCAAGAAGAACAUUAGGUACAACUGGAACCACACCGACCUCAAGUCGACACAACAGUAUUUCUGGUAGAAAACUCAUGGCUCCAAUGACUUAA